AUGGCAGACCCCAUGACGACCAUCAUGGACCCCAACCCGCAGACGUGCAGCGCGUUCCACCGGCCCAGCGGCGAAGGGGACCGACCCCGCGGGGGCGCCGACCCCACGGCGGAGGAGGCCUACCUGAACGAGAUCCAGGAGUUUGAACGUCCCCCGACGCCGACACUCUUCUGCCCGGACCGGAACGAGACCUUCUUAGAUGACGUGAAAGGCGCCAGCGCCACCGCCGAGCAGAGUCUCAGCACCACCAGCGGGGGUGUGCGUGACCGCGAUGACCUUCAGGUGCGGGAGAGCGACGACGAGUCCGAGGACAGGCUGUCGGAGGACAACUCGGUCCACACGGUGUGCAAGGCCUACGACACGGGGGCUCCGGGUAACACGGGUUGCGACUUGAGGCCAGACGCCAGGCCUUUCGUGGACUUCUUGCAAGAGGAGGGGGAUCGAGACGGUGCUGCGCGUCAACUUCUCGGAGGAGCCGGGGCUGGCGGAGAUCGGGGGGAGCUACGAGGCCAAGCUGUUGACCAAUAG